AUGGUAUUAACAUUAGAACAACAUCACAUAGGUCGCAUUGAUGCCAAGAUGUUGCUACUCCUGUUUGUCGUCAUUUACAUAGAUUCUACUUGCAAUGGAGAGGAUGCCGACUAUGAGAGGGAUGACCUCGAGAGAGGCUUUGAAUCUGUAGAACAACUCAGACUCCAAUCAGAAAUCGUCUUCACACAACAAUCGGACGAGGCAUUUGCCCCUUGCUCUCCUAUUCGACCAGGCGACGUGGACUUCCAAACAGUGGACCUGAUUGCCGUGUACCGGUUGGACCAGUUGAAUACCACUGGUAUUACGCUGGUACAAGGAUCACAGGAGAUGCAGAGAGCUUAUCGAAUUGGCGAUGGCGCUAACUUAAGUUUACCUUUGAAAGAUAUUUUCCCCAACGGCCUACCUCCCCACUUCAGCGUAGUAGGUACAUUCAACACGCGAGGCCUGCAACGUCGCUGGAGUUUACUCAAAGCAAGAACCGACAGUUUGCAGUUCUCUCUCUCGCUGCUGCCUUCCCAGAAGAAAGUUGGUGUUUUCGUACAAGGGGCGAAGGCUAUGUUCUUAGCUCCGAAGCUAUUCUCAUCGGGCUGGCACAAAAUCCACGUAGCGAUCACCAAUAACACCGUACACCUUGCUGUUGAUUGCAUAGAGCUGAAGCCGGAGUACAUAACCGGUCACGAUCUGAGCAACGCCACGUCCAUCACUAUAGUGUCCAACGAAGACGGCACACCCGCUCCUAUCGAUCUCCAAUGGCUUUCGUUGAGUUGCAAUCGAUAUAACCUGACUAAGGAGAGCUGUGAAGAAAUUGAAAUGCCUAUGCCGAUAAUAGCAACCCAAGCGCCUCUGUUUGGUUUCGAGUCGUCAGCGAGCGUGGAUGCAGUUCCUCCCUGCAAUGUUUCUUGCCCUCCAGGACCCGUUGGACCUCCGGGCUUGCCAGGACCACCGGGGCAAAGGGGGCCGACAGGUUUGCCGGGUAUAAGAGGUGAAGUCGGUCCUCCAGGGCCGAUGGGACCUUCAGGGCCGAAAGGAAGCAUGGGAGAAAAAGGCGAACCAGGGGACAUUAGUAACGUUACGACAACCAGAGGAGCUCGAGGAGCGCCAGGAUUGCCGGGACAAAAAGGAGAUCGAGGAGAAAAUGGAAAAGAUGGAGAAUUAGGGCCCGCGGGACUGCCUGGAAAGGAUGGCAAAGAUGGAACGCCAGGUGUACGAGGAUCACCUGGACUACCUGGUGAAACAGGCGAACCAGGUCCCGCAGGACCGAGGGGACCUCCCGGUUUCACCGACUAUCUGGAUAUACCUAGGGAAAAGGGCGAUACGGGUCCCCCAGGCAAGCCCGGAGCUAUAGGUCCGACAGGGCCAGUUGGACCUAUUGGGCUUAAGGGCGAUAAGGGUGAAAAUGGGCGGAUCGGUCUACCAGGUCCUCAUGGAAUGAAAGGAGAUAAAGGAGAUUUAGGGGCUGAAGGACCACAGGGUCUACCAGGUGCUGACGGUCCGCCGGGACUUCCAGGGCUUCCAGGGCGUGUUAUGACGCAGCGAAAUAAUACUCCUGUUGUUGGCGAAAAAGGAGAGAAAGGAGAGAAAGGCGACCUAGGAGAACCAGGACCUCGAGGGUACAGCGGCCAAGAUGGCACCCCUGGAUCGCCAGGAAGCCCUGGCAUGCGUGGGCUUCCAGGUUUACCAGGGCCGUUAAUGCCACAAUUAAUGGCAACGACGCAUACUCUUACUGAUGAAGAGGUCCGACUUUUAUGCCAAGAUGUUAUGAGGGUACCCCUGCUUGAGCUGGAACACAAGAUUAAUGCACUGGAGCGGGUCUACGAAAGGCGGGGAAAAAGGGGUGCGAUGGGGUCACCAGGAUUGCCUGGACCACCCGGAGUACCAGGUCUACCAGGUGCACCAGGUCUCAAGGGCAACCCUGGCGCUUCAGGACUAAACGGGCUGCCAGGCUUACCUGGACCAUUUGGGCAGAAAGGGGAAAAGGGAGUGCGAGGACCCGAAGGCAUUGGACGACCCGGGCUUGAUGGAAUGAUUGGGGCUCCAGGUCCUAGAGGCCCGCCAGGAAUGCAAGGGAAACAAGGAGAAAGAGGCGAUCCAGGCAAAGAAGGUCCCAUGGGACCUCGAGGAGCGCGAGGCGAUACUGGUACAUGCCAAUGUCCUUUGCCACUAAAUUUACUGCAAGGGACCAACAAGGGGCCUUAAGGGUAUGAUGAUUGGGGCGAUAAAGCACUGCAAGACUUAUUAUUAUAUUUUAAUAUGGGUUGAUACAUCGAUGAAUUACUAUAAUAGCGGCCUAUCUCAAAAAUCGCUAAUUCAUCGGGAAGAUGUGUUUAAAAAAAAUCUGCUUAUUUGACACACGAAACCGAUUUAUUGGUCCAUUUUUCUAUAUUUUUGGUUCAAUAUUGUUACGUGAUUAUUUUAACCGACGGAAAGCUGGUAUCUUAUUUACAAUCAAAUUUAGCAUAUUAUGCAAACAACUGUAAUAAAGCAAAGAAUGAACAAAUUAGGUUUGGGUAGCCACUUUUGAAAAGCAACGAUAUUAUGUAAUUUAUAACAAUGUUUUUGGAAUUCUGGUGAAUUUGGUUGGAUGUAAUUAAGUAUAUUUUAAAAUUUAUUGUUUCUCUUUUUACGGGCUGCAACAAAAAGGUGUUCUAAUGUAUUCUUCCCUCAUUAUCAUAACACGUGAUCCACAUUUUUAAACAAAAUGAAAAUUAAUAUUAUGUGGGUUCUAGCGAUGCGCGAUUGUGAAUGGUUUCGAUAUUCGACUCGUUAGUAAUUUUAUUCUCCUGUCAUUCGAAUGA